UGCCCGUCUCCCCCUUUGUUUUCCAGUGCAGUUUGCCACCGAUGGGCACCAGGCGUCUUUCACCAUCCGAAUCCGCCACACGCCCACGCCCAAGCUCUAUAACCCAGGUGCCCCGGGCGAUGGUGGAGAUUACAACAUCAGCGCCCUGGUCACCAUUGCGACCAAGACCUUCCUGCGGUACGACAAGCUGCGGGCGCUGAUCGCCAGCAUCCGCCGCUUCUACCCCACGGUGACCAUCAUCAUCGCGGACGACAGCCAGCACCCCGAGCCCGUGGGGGGCCCCCACAUAGAGCAGUACUUCAUGCCCUUCGGCAAGGGCUGGUUUGCAGGGCGCAAUCUGGCCAUUUCCCAGGUCACCACCAAGUACGUACUGUGGGUGGACGACGACUUCAUCUUCACGCCCCGAACCCGGGUGGAGAAGCUGGUGGACGUGCUGGAGAAAACCAGCCUGGACCUGGUGGGGGGCGGAGUGCGGGAGAUCACGGGGGUCACCACCACCUACCGGCAGAAGAUCAGCGUGCAGGCGGGUGGCGAGGAGGGCGACUGCCUGCAGACGCGCCAGGGCUACCACCACCUCCUCGAGGGCUUCCCCGGCUGCGUGGUCACCGACGGCGUUGUCAACUUCUUCCUGGCCCACACAGCCAAGGUGCUGGAGGUGGGGUUUGACCCCCGGCUCAGCCGCGUCGCCCACCUCGAGUUCUUCAUCGACGGGCUGGGCGUGCUGCACGUGGGCUCGUGCGCCGACGUGGUGGUGGAUCACGCGUCCAAGCUCAAGCUGCCCUGGCAGAAGUCGGAGAGCGAGAGGCAGUACGCCAAGUUCCGCUACCCCACCUCGGGCGACAGCAGCGUCAAAUACGGCCUCUUCUACUUCAAAAACCGCUUCAAGUGUAUGACGAGCAACUAG